AGCUCAGAUCUAAAUCUGGCAAAAGCAUUUGAUACCAACAUUCCACCUUCAUCUCUUACAUUAAAACUCUCUCCUUAAAUUUUCUUUCUUUCUUCUUCCACCAUUGGGUAAUAAUAUACAAUUAAUUAAAGAUUUAGGGUGGUGGUAGUGGUGCUGCUUUUUCCUUAAUUUCAUCCUUAAUUUCUUCUACAUACUCUUUCAUUUACACCUGCCCUAUUGUAUGCUGGUUCAUUCAUAUUAUUACCUUUAUACUAUAAUAAAGCCUUCCAUUAUUACAGGACAGACACAGAAAAAAACACACACACACACACACACAAACACACAGUCCACAGUGUCUUUACCUCCUCUCCUUUUCCCUUUUGUUCUUCACUAAUGUUGAUGCAGUUUUCUGUUAUGUGUAACUGAAAUUUGGACAUGGGGCGCUGUCUUCAUAACUAAUUCUUGAAAAAAAAUACCCUUUUUUGCAGAGAUCUGGGGUUGUCCUUGUCUGAAUAGAUCCCAAAAAAAAAAAAAAACCCCAAUAAAAACCCAAUUAGGGGUUCUCAAUUUUCCAUCCCUUUUUUAUAUUUAGGGCUCCAAAAAAAAAAUUCAAUCUUGAUUAUACCCUUGUAUUGUUUCUUGAUUUUACAGAGUAAAAAAGAUCCAAUUUUUAUUGGUGGGUUUUACUUAAAAAUCAAUCACUUUACAGAAAACAAGAAAAAGAUCCAAUUUUUAUUGGUGGGUUUUGCUUAAAAUCAAUCAAUCAAAUCCAAUCAUUGAUGGUUAAGAGCAGAAUGUUUGGAGGGAAUGGGGUUUUCUACCCCAUUGUAGGAUUUGCUUCAUGUGUGGCUUUUAUAUACUUGUCUUUUGGUGACUUGUGGAUCAAUAUCAAUGGUGAUACAAAGCUUAGCUUUGUUGAGAGGAAUGGGACUCAGUUUAUAGUUGAUGGCAAACCUUUCUAUUUUAAUGGAUGGAAUUCUUACUGGAUGAUGGACCAUUCCGUCGAUGAAUCGAAGAAACAUAGGAUCAGACAGAUACUUCAGACUGGUGCUAGGAUGGGUCUUACUGUCUGCAGAACUUGGGCUUUUAAUGAUGGUGAUUACAAUGCUCUCCAAAUUUCUCCGGGUCGAUUCGACGAGCGGGUUUUCAGGGCGUUGGAUCAUGUUAUUGCAGAAGCAAGAAGAUACGGAGUAAGGCUAGUACUAUGUUUGGUCAAUAACUUACACGCGUAUGGUGGAAAGACUCAAUAUGUAAAGUGGGCUUGGGAAGAAGGUGUCGGUUUAAGUUCUUCCAACGAUUCGUUCUUUUACGACCCCUCAAUUCGGCGAUAUUUCAAGAACUACGUUAAGACUGUUCUAACGAGGAGGAAUACAUUAACUGGAGUCGAAUACAGGGACGAUCCAACUAUAUUUGCUUGGGAGUUAAUCAACGAACCCCGUUGUAUAACUGAUAAAUCUGGCGACACACUUCAGGAUUGGAUCGAAGAAAUGUCGACUUUUGUGAAAUCAAUUGACAGAAACCAUUUGCUAACGGUUGGCCUUGAAGGAUUUUACGGGCCUAAAAGCCCUAAAAGAUUAACCGUAAAUCCCGAGUUUUGGGCAGCUGAUAUCGGUACCGAUUUCAUUCGCAAUUCCAAGAUCUCAACCGUUGAUUUUGCAUCCGUGCAUAUUUACCCCGAUCAUUGGACGCAUAAUCCGGACUUCGAAUACAAACUAAAAUUCGUAACAAAGUGGAUGCUAUCACACAUCGAAGACGGUGACAAAGAACUGAAAAAGCCGAUAAUGUUCACCGAAUUCGGAUUAUCGACAGAGAACAUAGAUUUCACGCCUUCUCAAAGAGAGAGAUUCUACAAAGUUAUUCUCGAUAUUAUUUAUAAAUCCGCAGUAAGAAAUAAAUCGGGCGCCGGUUCUUUAGUGUGGCAGUUUCUUGUCGAAGGUAUGGAAGAAUUUAACGACGACUUUGGGAUUGUUCCUUAUGAUAAUCCGUCGACCGAUAAACUCUUCACCGAACAAUCUUGUAAGCUUGCGAGAAUUCAAGGCGCUCUUCCUACGCAAAUGGAUUACUUGAAAAAAUUAUGCAGACAAAGAUGAUUAUUAUUAUUAUUUAUUAUGAUAAAGAAAAUCAUAUUAUAUUUUUAUAUAUAUACAAUAUAUAUUCUAUUAGGGGUAUUUGUAUUUGCAUCUUUUGUUUGUUUUGAUUUUUUUUCUUUUUGUCUAGAGUGGGAGAGAACUUCGAUUGGUCGUUACACGUAUAGUUGUAUAAUUUCGUUCGUAAUGAAAACAUAUACGAAGACCUUUUUUUGUUGAGAGGAAUAACGAGAGAAGUUCAAUUCGGAGUGCUCGUUUUUCGUUUCUCGCUAUAUAUAUAUUUGUAUUGUGAAGUUAU